UUUUCGUUUUGUUGGGAUCAAUUUUUACCUCUUGUAAAUGGCACAUACACACAAAUAACUUUAUACAAUUUUUACCUCAAAAUUCAACUCUUCCUUUCGAACAAUUUACAAAAUUCUAAUUCUAAUAAAUCAUCGAUGAAGGUUUGCAUUUGAAAUUAAGUGAAAGAUUUAGUGAAUAGUGUGAAAAGUUGUAUUUUAGAAGACGCUGCUCCAAUUCUUCGCUGUAUGUGUGCCCCCCAGCACUAGUUGGCAUAAUUUCUCGCGAGAGUUCCUAAUUUUUUUUGCAAGAAAAAGGAGAACAAAUCUUCUCAAUUUUCUUAUUUCAAAAAGUAAAGAAAAAGUGAAGAUUUCAAAAAAAAUCAAAGAUUUAGAUUUGAAAGUAAGGGCACAAUAAAGCGUCAUCAUCAGUGCUCAGCGUGAACAAUUUCGUCAUUCUGCACGUCUUGGUGAUUCCCAAGGCAACACAAUACAGGUUCCCAUGCUACUUGAAUAAUUUUGGGGCUGUGACCUGAAGAUCGCAUUUUCCCCCCUAAUUUAAUUUAAUCUAAUUAAUUAAGAGAAGAGCCAUCACAUGAAUGGAUCAUAAUGCUGGACAGAGCACUCAAUACGAUCUUCUUUGAGUCCCUCUCACACACAAAUACCCUCCUAAAUGGGCUCAAUGAGCUGAGACUAAAAGGACAUCUCAUUGAUAUAACAUUAAAAGCCAAUGGGCGCUCUUUUCGUGCCCAUCGUGCUGUCUUAGCAUCAUGUAGUGAGUACUUCAGAGCGAUGUUUACGGAUGCAAUGAAGGAGUCGCAGCAGAAUGAGAUAAGCUUGAAUGGAGUAACUGCUGCUGGGAUUGAGCUUCUCCUUGAGUAUGCGUACACAUCGAAGCUCGAAUUGAAUUUAGCCAAUGUGCAGGAUGUUCUUUCGGCUGCGAGUCACAUUCAGCUGGAUGCUGUGGUUGAGGCGUGCUCAAAUUACCUCCAGUCCCAGCUAGAUGUGGACAAUUGCGUUGAUAUUGUCAGCAUUGCUGAGAUGUAUUCGUUGGAUAAGUUGCGUCAACGGGUGUAUCGCUACAUCUGUGCUCACCUUAGUGAAUUCGUCAAGACGCACGAAAUUAGCGUACUAGCACGGCAUCAGCUUGAACACAUUCUUGCCUGUGACUACCCCGUUGAUUGCUCAGAGGUUGUUGUACUCAGCAUUGUGCUGCAGUGGAUUAAGAAGUCCGAUAAAACUCUCCACGAUGUGCGAAUGUGCAAUCGCUUGCUGGGUCUUGUUCGUCUUGCUGAGGUCUCAUCGGGGGACAUGGAAAGGACACUCCAGGCGGCUGGAGUUUCACCCAACAGCUCACUGUAUGGGCUCACGAAGAACCUGGCACAAGCGCAAAAGAGACUUGCAGUACCUGCGGGAAAUCAGGAUAAUGCCCUCAUUAAUUCACGAGGAAUGGAAUUGGCGCUAAUAAAAGUCGGUGGAUUUGGUCUCGAAGGGAUCACCAAUGAUAUAACAUACUAUUUGCCCAGCGUGAAAAAAUGGAGACACCUCACGUCCAUUCCGCAUGUUGAGCAAUGCAAUUAUGGCAUUGCCACGCUAAGGAAUGAGCUGUACGUUGUCGGGGGAUGCUACAAUGUGUGCCUGAAAGAAUAUAUUCAUCCCUUUGGCUUCCGCUUUAGCCCAAUGUCCAAUUCGUGGACAACAAUUGCCCCAAUGCAGCAAGAUCGAUGUCGCUUCUCGCUGAAUUUCGUCGGAGAAUUUCUCUACGCUGUGGGUGGAGCGAGUGAGGUGGAUGACGCAGAGGAUAUGGAUCCCGGGGAUUUGGUUGAUCAGCAGGGUGCAACGGCGGAGUGUUAUGACCCAAGCACGGACAAAUGGACCUACAUACCCAUGCUACCGGGAAAUCGAACGCAGCAUGCGGGUGCAGCACAAGAUCACUACCUCUACGUGUCAGGUGGCCUCGAUAGGCAUCGCGUGUUAUCAUCCUUCUUCCGCUACAACACCAAGAUGCAGGUGUGGGAGCAACUGCCGUCAUUGCUCACACCACGUGCUGACCACAUGAUGGUGUCCAUUAAUGAUCGAAUAUACGUGUGUGGUGGGUGGACGGAACGCUCAAUGGCCGACACGCGGACACUCAUUGACACGAUUGAUGUGUACAAUAAGGACUCAUGUACCUGGGAGGUGGUAACGCACAUCCCCACACCUCGCUUCCAUGCCGGGAUUGUAGCUGUUGACACGAAAAUCUACAUAAUCGGCGGCUUCUACUCGGACUCCAUGUUCGAUUUAACGCGCUCCGUGAUUGAGUGCUACGACGUGGAGACGAAUCAGUGGACGAGUGUGGAGCGCUAUCCACAGAAUAUCUGGGAAUGCAACUGCAUUGGACUCUACAUACCCAAGUGCCGAGAUGAUAUGGAGGUAAUUGUUGAUGAUUGUUGAUGCAGGUGUCCACCCUCUAGUCACGAAUCUCCCCCCAACAAAAAACGGAGGAUGGUGCAUUGAUAUUUUGAUCAUUUUUUUUCUAUCUUCCUCGAGGCACUUCUUGUGCCAUUUUUUUUUGUUUUACCACAACACUGCCUUUUGCGUUUUCGAUCAUUUUCCUUUCCUUUCCAACACAUUUUCCAUGAAAAUCAUGUUUUUUUUUCCUGAACUCUUCUCAAACUCAAUGCUUUGUGAUUUCCCCAAAAAACACCUUUUUUAUUUAUUUAUCUUUAUACACUUUUUUGCUUAAAUAUUUUAUAUAAAUAUUAAAUUUUGUGAGAAAAUCA